GAUGAGCUUUGCAAACGAUACGGGUGAGUCUUAUUCACGGCGCAGUCGGAUCGCCUAAUUCUCUCGUUUCAGCUCCUUCAAUCUCGCCCGUUCUCGCGCCUACGAAGGUUCCAAUGCUCGUCUCAAACGCGUUAUUCGCAAGUUGCGUUCUGGGCAAAAGAUCAAAAUUGGUAUCGUCGGUGGUUCCGUGUCAAAAGGUCAUGGGCUGAAAGAUCGUCGUGAUAACUGGUCCUACAUCUACGCUGAAUAUAUCCGCGAGACGUUCGCUCAAGCCACUUCUUCUAACGCUUCCAAUGUCGAAGUUGAACUUAUCAACGGAUCAGUUUCCGGGACAAUCACCCAAUAUAUGGAGACCUGUUACCGAGAGCAUAUUCCGGAGGACGUCGAUUUAGUGAUCAUCGAGCUCGCUAUCAAUGAUCAGCGGUUGGAGUAUCUAGCGAAGGGAUAUGAAAAUCUCAUCCGGUCAAUAUUUGCGUUACCCCAAAGGCCUGCGGUGAUCAGUGUUCAAGUUAUGGCGCUUAUGUUCCAAACUAUAACGAUGGGGGGAGAUCUUCACACUGCCGUAGCCGAGUACUACGACACACCCAUCAUCAGCAUCCGUAAUGUUCUUCUUCCACAUAUUCUACGCUCUACCCAGCUCAACCAUUCUGAUGAUUCCCUCGAACAUUAUUGGUUCGGGCAUGAUAUAGUUGGCGGCCUCGACCUUCGUCACGUUGGCAAAAACGGUCACCGUAUGUUGGCUGACCUCCUUGCUUCUUUUACCUCCCGAGUUGCAUGCGAAGGCUGGCGCGAAGAGCACCUCACUGGUACAUAUAGCGAGGACUCCAACGUGGUCGGAGGCUGGGAUUGGGAUCCCUACGACAGUGAUCACACCAAAGGACUUCUCUCAAGCCUUCCCAAUCCAAACGACGGUGAAGACGUAUCCGAAUACAUACCUCGUCAAUUACUCUUUGGAAAGUACGACCACACCACCGUUCUUCAACCCGCUACUCCUUUCUGCCGUACAACAAAUACGCUCGUAGGUAUGGCGGCAUUUUCGACUUACGCACACCUCCUCGAGACUUUGCCCCCGCCGUUCUCGAGUGAAGGUCCUGAUGCAUUCAAAUUGUGGAGUCAUCAAUCGAACCCUGGGAAGGUGUGGUUGACUGGGCGGAAACCAGGUGUCAGGGCAGCGUUCAAAAUCCAGACGAGUACAUUGGGGCGAGUGAGGGUAACGUAUUUGAGAAGCGGAAGCUGGGGACUGGGGAGUGCGCUGUGUUGGCUUGAUGAUGAUAGAGAGAAGGGUCAGAGGUUGGAUGGAUAUUGGAUUUAUACGAAUGCCCAUGUUGCAAACACGCAUGUUGUUAUAGAGAAUGCCACACCUGGCGAACACAUCCUUUACUGCGAAAUCCUGGAAGAGACGAAAGAUCCUGGGGGAGCCACGGAAUUUAGAAUUGCGGCGGUGGAUGCUCUGUAAACCGAAGUAAGUGUACGUUGAAAACUAACGGGAUCUUUCAUCUGUCAGUGUCAGCCUGACCUUGUUUUAAGUUUCGGUAUACUCGAUGCCGUGUGGUAGACAAAUAUUAGAUAUUAUUGAAUGACUUUUGCAAAGUAUGUAGCUUCUUUGAAUUUUGCGGUUUCGAUCUUCUCGGGAGUGCAGGCUUCGUUUUGAAUAACGGGUAGUCAUACUGUGUCAAACUUGCCAACGUAGCAGCUCAUAUGUACACUGUAUGUCUAUGUCUACAGAAUUUUCACCGACGUUGCG